AUCCAGCGACACUCGAGCAAGUUCCAUCUCGGCGUCUUUGAGCUGCACACGACCGUGUGCCGGGUCGCGCCCAUCACGCUUACGUCGGUCGCCGAGGCCUCGUGGCAGGUCAUGCGCGGCGCGGUCUCGGUCAAGCACCUCGACCAAGAGGCGAAGCGCCUCGAAGACGUCGACGCCAACACGUCGUACGUCACGGGCUGGCGCAACCACCCGAUGGGCAAGUACCAGCGGCGCGUGCUCUGCAAGCGCUACUACAACAACAGCGGUGCAGACGCGACGCGCUGCGUCAUGGUCUGCCGGAGCCUCGAGCAGGACGAGCUGUACCCGUACGACGCCGCGAGCGAAGCGACAAAUGAAGUCUCGUGGCUCGUGCUCGAGGCAGAGCCGUGCGGCGGCACGCGCGUCAAGUACUUUCAGCGCAUCCGGCCGUCGACGUGGAAGGUCGAGGGUCCCCCGAGUGACUACUGGGUUGACACUCUCUCCAAGCACUCUAAGAUGAUUGGCAAUGCGAUCCACGAUUUUAUCGACCAGUAUGGCCGAGCCCAGCUGCAAGCCGCCGUGUAG